AUGGUGGCACCUCAAAGGACACUCCCAGGUGCAUCCACACCUCCAGAGACCUUUUCAGGGACGUUAGUGCCCCCAGAGACCUUCCUAGGGGUCCCAGGGGACCCUAUGGCAUGCUUGGUGCCCCCCAGUGUUGACGGUGCCCCCAGGGGCCCUCGCAACAUCAGUGGCAUACUCAGGUGCAUUCUUAGGAGCGACGGUACCCCAGGGACCCUGACUGGAGCAGCGGAGCCUGCAGGGACCUACCCAGGGGCAGCGCAGCCUCCAGCGACCAUCCCAGAAACCGUUCCAGGGGCAGUGGUGCACUGGAAACCCUCCCAGGAGGACAUCUCAGGGGUUGUGGACAUAUCAGGAACCCUCCCAGGUGCCGCGACGCCCCUAGGGUGCCCCCCAGUGGUGACGGUACCCCCAGGGGCCCUUGCAACAUCAGUGGCAUCCUCAGGUGCCGCGACGCCCCCACGGCGCCACCCAGUGGUGACGGUGCCCCCAAGGGCACCUCGCAACAUCAGUGGCAUCCUCAGGUGCAUUCUUAGGAGCGACGGCUCCCCAGGGACCCUGACUGGAGCAGUGGAGCCUGUAAGGACCUUCCCAGGGGCAGGACAGUCCCCAGGGACCAUCCCAGAAACCGUUCCUGGAGCAGUGGUGCACUGGAAACUCUCCCAGGUUCGGUGGCGCCCCCAGGGACCCUCCCAAGGGCGGUGGUGCACCUAG